AGCAUCAGCAUCCUCCCAUCUUCUUCUGUAAGCGUGGCCCACUGAAGGAAGGCUCAAUGAAAAGUUUGAUUGCUCCCCCCGAACCAAUUUUGCGGGAUUGAAGCCGCCAAAGAACCCCUGCGGCUGGAGUACAGCCUCACAGAGAGAACCCCCCACACACACACAACCUCACUCCAAUCCAGUCCACUUCCAUCUACCACCCACAACCACCCAACGACCCCACUCUAGUCAAAUUUAAUAAAGGCCGCCCCGAAGCCGAAGCCGUCGACGUCGUCGUCGUCGUUGAAAAGCUUCUCUGGUGGUGAGUGGUGCCGAUGUCCUGAAUCCUGGUGUCCUGUAUUUUUUGGGGGCGACACGCAGUGCGACAAAAGCCGCCCGCAGCGUUUUUAUACGCGCACAUAAUUCAGAGUGGAAAACACUGCCCUGCCAAAAGUUAAUGCCCAAAAGCGAAGCCGCCGCAAUGAUAACCAACAAUAAUUUGGAUUAUGACCAGACCAGCAGCAGCAGCAGUGGCAGUGGCAACAGCAGCCGUGGCAGGACGACCACAGGGGGAGCAGCGGCAGUAACAGCCAUCGUAGCAGCAGCAACGAAAACAACAACCACGAUGACAACAGGCAACAACCGGAAUGGCAGCACCAGCAGCAGCAGCAACUCCUCCCCCACAGCCGACAAUUCCAAUUCCAACUCAAAUUCGAAUUCAAAUUCAAAUUCGAAUUCCAACUCCAAUUCAAACUCUUAUUUCAAUCGGUUCGACAAUCGCAUUGCCGCCAAUUUGGCUGCUGUGCUGACGGGUGCUGGUGCCCGCUUCAGAUCCUCCUCCUGCAGCAAUCGUCAGCAGCAGGCCAGCAGCACCACCAGCACGCCACGAUCCCCGAUGCAUGUCUCAACCAUUAGCAGAGGUAAGCACGGUCUUGGACUGGCCACGCCCCCAUCGCCAGUCACUUUGGGACGUCGUCGGCCACUGCAGCUCUUCACGCACGCCAAUCUCAACUGCAAUGACAACGAGAAGGUGGCCCAAACGCCCAGCUCCGAUGAGGACAACUCACCCACAGAGCUGAACAAUUGCAAGCGUCUGACGGACAAGCCGCCACUGGUUAAACGCUUAACCAUGGGUCUGCUGCGCCACAACGAGGAGUCCCGCCCACUGGUAGGCAACAUGACGCCCCUGAGGGCGCCCCUGGACAGCCAGCCGGUGUACUCGAAUGGCUACAUCAACGAGGACUCCUACAUCGACAGCAAGUUCGGUGACUCGUGUCGCCAGUCCCUCACAGCCAUCCCCAUGCUGGACAACGUCAAUCUGAAUGACAACAACGAGUUCAAUCUAAAGAAGAAGUAUCUGCGCGAGACGAGCAGCGCCAACUCCAGUCCCAAGAUCUUUGCCAAUCGCCUGCGAAUGAACCAGGGGGGAGCCAGUGCCCAGCGCAGCAGCAGCCUGGCCAACACCCACAGCAAUGUGGGCGCCGAUGAGGAGGAGGAGGCUGACCUCAAGGACGCCUGCUGGUAUCAGGCGGGCAUUUCCCGGGACAUUGCCGUGGAGGUGCUGCAGAGCAAGAGUCCGGGUGCCUUUCUGGUGCGCAAGAGCAGCUCCAAGCCGGGCUGCUAUGCCCUGACACUGCGGGUACCUUCGCCCCCAGGCCCAAAGAUAGCAAACUAUAUCAUAUUAAGAUCCCCAAGGGGCUACAAAAUCAAGGGCUUUCGCAAGGAAUUCUCCAGCCUUAAGGCUUUGAUCACACAUCAUUCGGUGAUGCCCGAACUGCUGCCCGUGCCCCUGGCCAUGCCACGUCCCACAAAUAUCUCCUCAUCGCGUAGGAAUCUCGACGACUUUGAUACAUACGAUUCGCUGCAAAUGCUGCUCAAGUAUCUGCGCGCCAAGAACGCAGAAUCGGAGCAGCAGCAGCAGUAGCUAAUGGCGGAUAUCGAUCAUCUGGUAGCACAAAAUUACAUUUAAGUUCUAGAUGCGGGGCGGGGGCGCGUAAGCAAAAGUAUUUUGCUGGCAUUCGAUGAUACCAUGAAUAUAUAUGUGAUACUCUCUAUGAAAAAGAAAACAACACACACACAGAAACUGCAAAUGAAACGCCUAGCUGAUAAAUGGUGAAAGUAUUUCUAGUUUAGUUUAGUUACUUGAUUUAAGUUUGAUUGUUCUACUGAUUGAUUGGUUUGGAAUGUGAGAGAAAACUAACGAAAGGAAAAGAUUAUACAUCGAUUUGUUUGUAUUCCCGGAAUUCACAGAAUUCUAUGGAAAAAUAUUCAUUGCUAUUAUACGUAAAAAAAAAAUAAUACUUGCAACAAAAACUGGCAAUUUUUUCUUUUCAAAACUUACCCAUAGUUUUCCUUCACAGCCAUUCAACAUUUUUCAACUGCAAAAAAUUUCAAAAA